AUGGCCUGGGGUGGGCUGCAACUGCUGCUGCUCCUUGUGAUGCUGGUGCUCCUGGCCUCAGGUGACAUGGAGGGCUCUGGGAAAGGAGAGGUUGGGUUCAGCCAGGACUCUGAUCUGAGGGUUCCUUAUGCAGGUUCCCAGGGAAAGGUUGUGCCCGAGGAACUUCAUGAAGUACCAGGACAGACACUCUUACUGCAAUGCCAGUACUCGCCCAAGAAAGGAUCGUAUGUGCGCAAAGCCUGGUGCCAGCAGACAUCUCCAAAUAGAUGUAACAUAUUGAUCACCAGCUCCAAGCCCCGGACAGCAGCUCAGGCAACUCGAUACACAAUCUGGGAUGAGACAACCGCUGGUUUUUUCAACAUCACCAUGAGUGAUCUGACAGAGGAGGACUCUGGAUCCUACUGGUGUGGAAUCUACAAUUCUUCCCAAAACUUCAUCACUGUUCUCAGAAACAUCAGCCUGGUGGUGGCUCCAGCCCCAACCACUUCUAUGUGGACUCACGCCUGGUUCCCGACAAAGACAGCUCUGAUCACUUCUCCAGAGGGGACCUCUGGCCCUACUUUCAUCAAUAGCUCUGAGACAAGGAAAUCAAGAGCCCCUCCCUGCCUUGGUUCAAGUGUCCCCAAACUCCUGGUCUCUGUGCUGUGUGGACUCCUCAUGGCCAAGGACCUGGUGUUGUGA